GUUCUUAGAGCAGAGCGGCUUACUGGGACCUCAGGUUAGGUUGACCACAGAUAUCACCAAACAGACCAGACAUUCUUUUAUCUACAUGUGGGAUUUUAUCUGGUUAGAUUUCAAAUUCUUCUUCGUGUCAAAUCCCCUGGAAUAAUUGAAGAAUAAUUUCUUGCGGUAAUUUAAUGCCGCUGAUGGCAGCUUGAAUGUUGUAGGUUAGACAAAGACCUUAUAGUGAACGUCUUUUUGGUACAGUCCAUUGAAUUAGCUGUUUAUUUACCAAAAUUUACACCAGAACCACAAACAUUUCAAGAUGAAGGACCGACUGGCGCAGCUGAAAGAGAAAAGUGAUGUCGGUGACGACGUUGAGGUUCCUGUGGAAAGUCAGGCCUUCAUGGACGACUUCUUUGUUCAGAUUGAAGAUAUUCGCGGCAGCAUUGACAAGAUUGAUGAAAGUGUCACAGAAAUUAAAAAACUCUAUUCUACCAUCUUGUCAGCUCCCACAUCUGACCAGAAAACACAAGAUGACGUUGAAGCUGUCACCACUGAAAUCAAGAAGUCAGCCAACAACGCACGAAACAAACUCAAGAAUAUUGAGCGGCAGCUUGAAUCAAACACAGAUGAACGGGCCUCAGCUGACCUCAGGAUACGGAAGUCACAGCAUGCCAUCCUGGCCAAGAAGUUUGUGGAGGUGAUGACAAAGUAUAACGAGGCUCAAGUAGACUUCAGAGAUAAGAGCAAGGGACGGAUUGCCCGACAGCUGGAAAUCACGGGGAAAGCAACCACUGACGAGGAACUGGAAGAAAUGCUGGAGGGCGGCAAUGCAGCUGUCUUCACUGCAGGGAUCAUGGACUCAAAAAUCAACCAGCAGGCCCUGAACGAAAUCGAAGCUCGACAUAAAGACAUCAUGCGGCUGGAGAGCAGCAUCAAGGAGCUUCACGACAUGUUUGUUGAUAUCGCCAUGCUGGUGGAGAACCAGGGUGGGAUGAUUGACAGAAUCGAGACAAACAUGGACCACUCAGUGGGCUUUGUGGAGAGAGCCGUGGCCGACACCAAGAAGGCAGCCAAAUUCCAGCAGGAGGCUCGACGGAAACAAAUGAUGAUCUUCUGCUGCUGUGCCAUUCUGGGCGUCAUCCUGCUCGCAUUCAUCUACAGCUUCAUCAAAUAGACGACCUGACUGCCGACACCCGGCUGAGCCCACGUAGUGUUGGAUGAGUCCUCACAUCCAUCAAGUAGAAAUCAUGCACGCAUUUUUUAAAAUUACUUUUUCUCAUGGGAAAAAAGUUGAAAAUGUGAAUUCCGAUUCAGUAGUUUUUUUUUUUUUAUGUUAUCACAAGCCACCAUUAGCUGUUCCAAAUACUAUUAAACUCAAAGUCGUGUGAAAACAUGCCGACUUACUCUCCGGUAAAUAUACUUCCUUCUUUUCAUGUAUUAAUGACAGUGCAAGGUGCAUGGCUUGGUGAAUUGUAGGCUGUGAUGCACAUGCAAGUCAGCCAUAUGUUAAAAUAACAAGUAUCAAAAUUUUUGUUGCAGAACCCAAUUGAUGUAAAAACAAAACUAACCAAACUAAAUGGUACCACGAUCGGUGACUUGGUCAAGCUUUACAAAUCAUAACAAUAAUAAUAGUAUUAAUAAUAAUAAAAAUAAUAAUAAUAAUAAUAACUCAACACAAUCUGAUUUUUGACAUUACAUUUCUACUGCCUUCCUUGGGUGUCUGUUGCUACUUCAAUACUUUUUUUUUUGUAUUGUUUGUUUUAUUUGAUCAUUAUUAUUGUUUUGCAAAGAUGAAUUUGAAUGUGUUAGUGUGAAGAGUUUAAUUCAGAUUUCUUUAGUUUGACUUUCCUUUGCAUUUCUAAAGAGUUGUUUAUGGUUUGAAGUGCAUUUAUCUUUCCUUGCUAUGUCCUUCUUCUUUUCUGAUGCUGUGCUGCAGCCUCUUUAUUCCUCAUCAGGCCACUUCUGGCCAUUCCUGAUUUGCGUUAAAAUACUGGUUAUUCUGGAACAGGAAAUGCUGAACAUUGCUGAAGUUGCUCACAAGUAUAUUCAUUCAUUCAUUCAUUUUCAGCCGCUGAUCCGGGUCACAGUGGCAGCAGAGCAAGCAGCUCUCCCACACUUCCCUAUCUUCAUCCAAGUCCUGUAGCUCUUCCCAGGGGAUCACAUGGCAGGUGUUUCCAAAUCAGAUGGGAAAUAUAAUCUCUCCAGCGUGUCCUAGGUCUUCCUUGGGGCCUUCUUCCUGUUGGACAUACCUGGAAGACCUCUCUAGGGAGACAACCAGGGGGCAUCCUCACCAGGUGCCCGAACCACCUCAACUGGCACCUUUCGAUGUGAAGAAGCAGCAGCUCUACCCUGAGUUCCCUCCCGGAUAGUCUAUUUUCUCACCCUGUCCAGGAGCUUAAACCUGACAGUGGAAUCUCAUUUCUGCCGCUUGUAUCCAUGAUCUUAUGCUUUCAGUCAUUACCCAAAGCUCAUGACCACAGGUGAGGAUAGGAGUGUAAAUUAAGAGCUUCACCUUCCAGCUCAGUGCCUUCUUCACCAUGAUGGUCCAAUACAGCGUCCGUAAGAUUUAGGACAUUUAGGCAAUACGUCUAUCGAUCUCACAUACCAUCUUGCCCCCACUCGUGAACAAGGCCCCAAGAUAAUUGAGCUCCUCCAUUUGGGCAGUAACUCUCCCCUGACCCAGAGGGGCCAAUCCACUGUUAUCUGGCAGAGGACCAUGGUCUCAGAUUUGGAGGUGCAGAUUCUUUACGACACUUUAUGAUUGACACAGUUUGGGAUGGGGUCACCUGGCCUGGAUCACCACCUGCAGGGAGUCUGUGGAGGACCUGGUGCGCUGCUUUUCUGGCAGUGGACAGGGGCAAAUGCCCACACGGAAUGACACUCCUUGAUGGAACACAUAUAUUACAUAUUGCAUAUCUUGCACUGUAUCUUAUGCUUUGUGGCCAGAGCAGAUGGUCACCCACUGGGUCUGGUCUGCUGGAGGUUUCUCCCUGUCAUAUAUUCAAAAACCACCUGAGGGAGUUUUUAAAUGUUUGUCCUCAGUACCGUCAUCCAUGUACAUUGUGUGGGUAAGGUUUAAAUUGUGUGUGUGUGUGUGUGUGUGUGUGUGUGUGGUGCCUUGGGGCAACUUCUUUGUGAUUUGGCAUUGUAUAAAUAAAUGUAAUCACAUUAAAAUAUGAUAUGAAAAUGAUCUCUUACUGAUUUAAGCAUCUCAAACACUAAAGUUUCCUUGUGCAAUUCUUUGGUGUCUUCAUUUUAAUCUCCUUCAUGAACAUUUGGAAAUACUGUGAGAAAUAACCAUA